UUUCUUAUUUUUUCCCCCCUAUCCCGUUUUCGCUCUCUCGCAAAUACCGAGGAGAGAGUGAGAGAGUAGCGGAGAAGAGGGCGUUAAAUUCCCCCCGUCGAGGCGUAGAUUCGAUCAGGUUUGUAGGGCUUCGAUUGAUUCUUCCCCUCGCCACCUUCGGAUUGGAAGCCCCGGCGGCUUCUCAGGUACCGGAAUUCGGAAAGGAAGGUGGCGGAGGAGAAUCUGCUUUUAAAAAAGCUAAAAAAUCGCUCUUUUUGGUGCUACUUCUCUUUCGGAGUUUUCUUGAAUGCUGAGUGAGCCACCGGGAUCAGAGAGGCAAUGGAUGUAGUUGGCGGUAGUGAGCAAGGCAUAAUGCAACCUAAGACUUCUCGAGAAAUGGGCAAUCGAAGGGCAUUGAGGGACAUAAAGAAUCUGUUGGGGGCACAACGUAACCCUUAUGUGGUGACCAAGAAGGGAUUGACGGACAGCAAAAUAAAUUUAGAUGAUCAGAAUCCUGCACUUGGUGCCCGACGACCAAUUACAAGGAGAUUUGCUGCUACAUUGGCAAACCAAUCGCAAGCUCACAAUCAGGAUUCCAAGGAAAAUUAUCAGCAAAUUGGGAAUGACAGAGAGCAUGCAGCAGCCAUACAGCCUGAUGUGAGUUUGAGUUCUGUAGAUACUUCUACAGACCUAGAUUUCGAUUUUCACAACUCAAGCAUUGGGUUGCUAUUGCCUAUGUCAGAUGAAAUGGAUAGCUCUGAUCUCGAGGAGGUUGAAAUGGAAGAAAGUGUGGUGGAUUCGAUGCCUGAUAUUGAUAGCUGUGACCACGAUGAUCCACUGGCAGUAGUUGAUUAUGUAGAUGAUAUAUACAGAUUGUACAGGAAAACAGAGGAUGAAAGUUGUGUGGACCCUAACUACAUGUCCAAGCAGUUUGAUAUCAAUGGAAAAAUGCGGGCUAUUCUCAUUGACUGGUUGAUAGAGGUGCAUUAUAAAUUCGAAUUAAUGGAGGAGACACUUUUUCUGACUGUAAAUAUUAUCGAUAGAUUCUUAGAAAGUGAGACGGUAGUAAGGAAAAAACUUCAGCUGGUUGGAAUUACAGCAUUGUUUCUUGCUUGCAAGUACGAGGAAGUGUCCGUUCCAGUUGUUGAGGAUUUGAUCUUAAUUUCUGACAAAGCUUACACUAGGACUGAAGUUCUUGAAAUGGAAAAACUUAUUGCAGGGACAUUGCACUUCAAUAUGUCCAUUCCAACUCCUUGCGUCUUCAUGAAAAGGUUUCUCAAGGCAGCUGAAUCUGACCGAAAGUUGGAGCUUCUUUCUUAUUUCAUCAUAGAGCUCUCUUUGGUUGAGUACAAGAUGCUCAAAUUCUGCCCUUCGUUACUGGCUGCUGCAGCAAUAUAUACCGCACAAUGCGCCCUCAAAGGGCAGGAGGAAUGGACAAAAACUUGCGAAUUGCACACUGCCUAUUCAAAGAGCCAGCUACUUGAAUGCUCUAUGUUGAUGGUGGAUUUCCACCUCAAGGCUGCAACUGGAAAACUCACUGGAGUACAUAGGAAAUACAGUACUUUUAAGUAUGGAUGUGCAGCAAGAACAGAAGCUGCUAUUUUUCUACUGGAAACUAAUCCUUAGUGUCCUGAUAAAAGAGGUGCUGCUGAAUGACUUUUAAUAUGGCUAGAACCACGAACUUGUGGGGGUUCAUUGAAGCAACAAAAGUUGCAGUGCCAUCAUGAUGUCUGUAUGCAAAAACACAUGUAUUUUGAGAUUGGAAAUCAACUCUACUAUAACGUUGUUGUACCACUGAUUCUACAUUACAAAUUUGAUGUGUAAUUGUAUAAUGAUUUUCUUUUCAAGGUAGGUGGCUAAGAUUAACUUUUUACUGAAAUCUUUGUAAGAUGUAUUGUGUCCUAAUGAUAUUUUCCAUAAUUCUUCUAGUCCAUCAAUGAGUUCUAA